AUGGCUGGAAAAGGAACAGAUCGCAAAGGAAAAACAAAAGAAGUUAAAUCGGCAGUGAAUGAUAUAAACUACGACACGUUGUCUGCUUUCACACUACCAGAUAGCCUUCCUUGUUCUGAAGUAGAGUUUCCUAUAUUACUCAAGACAGCAAAUAAGGCUAACUGGUUUCAAAUAGUUGAGGAGAGCGAAGAGAGGCUUAAAGAGAUCGAAGAAUACUCGGAAAGUAAAAAGGAACCUGCUGAGUUUCUUUCUUUUUCAACCGACUUCAAAAAGGAGGAGGUUCUCAAUUCGACCAUGCUGUGGAACAAUAACCCACGUUAUCCAGAACGUAAACUAAACAAUUUGCAUUUAUUCAACAUGCCCUGGGUUCAAAAACAUCUUAAGAAAUACCCACGUCCCUAUUAUCCAAAAUCCUGGUUAUGGCCAGAAGAUUACGCAGCUACAUUAAUUCAGAAAACUGUUCGUCAAUAUUUUGUGCAACGCAAAGAAGACGUUCAAGAGAUGCGUGAAUUUUGGAAGAAACUGGAUAUAGAGCAAUCUCAUCCGGAAAUGCAUUCAAAUCCACUGUUAGCAAAAAAAUUUGCUUCACAACAGGGUAUUCAUAAAAAA